AUGCUGUCCUCAAUCUUCACAACUGCUGCCAUCGCAGUCGCCGGUGUCUCAGCUGCCCGGCCAUGGCUCAACGAGCCUGACACUGGCCUGGAGGCAGUAGUGAGCAACAUCACUACCGGCCAGCUCCCUUCUCUGGACCAGAUGGUCGGCCUGCCAGACUUUGACUGGGCCGCUCGCAACUAUCUCCCUGCGAAGAACUACACUUACUACCGAAAUGGCGCUGCUGGCGAGUGGUCGUAUCGAAACAACCUCGAGGUCUUCAACCGCUACCGCCUUAGGCCCCGGGCCAUGGUAGAUGUUACCAACAUCGAGGCCAGCUUGAACACGACCAUCCUCGGCUAUCCUUUCGCCAACCCCUUCUUCAUCUCCCCUGCCGCCAAGGCGCAGUACGCUCAUCCUGAUGCCGAGCUCAACCUGAUGAAGGGCGCCGGAGCUGGUAACAUCCCUUACAUUGUCUCCAGCUAUUCCUCUCUGGCUCUCGAAGACAUCGCUGCCGUGGCCCUCCCCAACCAGACCUUCUUCAGCCAGGUCUACUUCACCCUGAACGACACCCAGAACCGUGCUCUCCUCCAACGCUCUGAGAAAUCUGGUGCCAAGGCCGUCGUGUGGGCGAUUGACUCCCCUGGCUCGCCCGACCGCCAGCGCGCUGCCCGUUACGAUGUCGGCUCGGCCAACACACAGUUCGUCAAGAACACCUGGGAGGUCUACCAGCAGUACCGCAACUGGACCACCCUGCCCAUCGUCCUGAAGGGCAUCCAGAACGUCGCCGACGCCCGCGCCGCCGUCGACCACGGAGUCAAGGCCAUCAUCCUCUCCAACCACGGCGGCCGUAACCUGGACGGCUCCCCUUCGUCUCUCGAGGUUGCCCUGGAGAUCUUCAACAACGACCCGGAGAUCUUCAACGAGAUCGAGGUGCUUGCCGACGGUGGCAUCCGCUACGGCACCGACGCCCUCCGUCUGCUGGCACUCGGCGUCAAGGCCGUCGGCAUGGGCCGUCCCUUCAUGUUCUCGAACGUGUUCGGCGAGGAGGGUGUCAAGAAGGUUAUUUCCCUGAUGAGGAACGGCCUCAUGAACGAUGCUGCCAACCUGGGCCUUGGCGACUUGAAGUCCAUCAACUCCAGCUAUGUCGACUGGACCCCGAGCCCCUUCUGGGGAUUCUAA